AUGGAGCAAACCUGGAAUUCUUACAUCAGUUCCUUAAAUCAGAACUUCUUACCCAGAAAAGUGGAGGUGACUGAAGGAAACUAUUUUUCAGGGUCACUAUACAAUCUGUCAUUCUCCAAAGGGGAUGUCAUAACAGUGGUUGCCCUUUUCCCAUCCCACCUCAGGGCAGAGCUGAAGGAUGGUGAGCAGGCUCUGGGCAUGCUCAGUAUACCUCUUGAAUACGAAGGGAAGUUCCAGCUGAUUGCAGAUCCAGUUCCUUUUGAAACUGUGGCUGAUCUAGUCCACUCUGUCCGAGUUCCCCAGAGUCCCAUGAUCAACGGAGGUCCUUCCUAUUUCAAGAACUUAGUCCCCAUCUCCAUGGAGGAUUUUCCCAUGGGGCUCAAAGAAGGACAAACGUUGUCUUUAAUUGGCUUUGAAGAGAAUCAAGGGAGGAGGCUGCUACGGUGUGAGGUGCUGGGAAAGAAACCACCCCUGAGACUGCUCCUCCCCAUGGACUGCCAAGGCUAUUUCCAGGAGUGUCAAGAUGACCAACUCUACUCCAUCCGCACCAUCAUGAACUGGAAGCUGCUUGUGGGCAGAAAACGCAUCAUCAGGGCAGAAGCUGGGCAUUGCCUGAGGAGUCUCAGUUCCUUGGUCCCAAAGCACUUUAGUGGACAUCUACUUUUGCAUCCUUAUUUCUCAGCGAUGGCACAUUUGCCAGGUGAAAACGUGAUUACCAUCCCCUCCAAUCUGGACAUUCAUGUUACCGAUAUUACAGGCUUAGGCUGUCAUCCCUUUAAAAUCAUGACAACAAGAGAAAUAUACAGUAUGGCAAAACACAGAUUCCCACUGAAAAUUAAAAUAAUGAGUGUGGUCCUGGGAAACAACGAAAUAACCACAAAACCUUUGAAGUGUGGACAGCUCUUAACCAUCCUCAGGACCGAAGAAGUAAAAAAAUUCAUUGCCACAGAGAUUUCUAAAGGAAAGAAGGGGAAGUAUUUUCUCAUCCCACAUACCUAUCAGGGCAUGGUGCUGAGGAGAGGUCGCCAUUUCCAUGCAAUAUCUGAUGUUGCUGCGGCCAUGCAAGACAGACAGCUCUGCUUCCAGUCCUCUAGGGACUAUACCUCCCAUGUGGAAGCUUUUGCGUCAUUCACAGCCAAUGAGUGCUUCCUGGCUCUGAAGAGGACUGUGGCUGCUGCCGAAAUUCAAGGUGAAAUGCACAGAGUUGAUGUCCUCAAGUGCCUGAAUAUUGCCACCAAAGCCCACAUCAAACUGCCCUUUUUUGCAGAAGGAGACUUUCUGGAAUUGGUUGAGGAUGUUGGACCAGGGACUCUACAGGAGUUGUGCGAAGUCACAAGACUGCCAUGCCACGUCAGAGUGGUCAGCCCAGAUCCUUCCAUGACCAGAGACCCUCUGUAUGGCACCAAGGAGCUGAGAGUUGAAAAUGUCCUCCUUGAACAAUGCCUCAUAGCCAUAGAUGAAGUUUCACCAGAUUCUUCAGAAGACAUAUACACAGACUGGUCAGAAGCCACCUUUGAAAUCCCAAUUGAGAAGUCAAGCUUUGAGGUGAUAGUAGUAGAGGAGCGUUCAUGGAUAAGUGAGGUCAGGAAAGUAAGCAGCACAGCUCUCCAGAACAUCCAAGAAAUCACUGAAGAAGAGUCUCGAAUCUUUACUAAUUACUUAAUUGUUCCUUGUCCACCACCACCCCUUCCAAAGCCCAGAAAUUUGUCUUAA